AUGUUGUCACUUGUACGCUACACACUGCUUGCACAUGCAAUCACAGCAUCUGCCAAUUCUGUGAGAGGCGUCUCUGAGGCACAACAACAUCUGUACAAACCCUUAGAAUCAGACAGCUCUAAAUGGGCGUGCUUAAGCGAUCCAUCAAUCAUUUUGAAUUACUCACAAAUCAACGAUGACUACUGCGACUGUCCUGAUGGGUCAGAUGAGCCUGGAACCAGCGCAUGUGGUUCUUUGUCGCGAUUUUAUUGUCCAAACGAAGGUUUCGCUGCAAGAUACGUAUCGGGAUACAAGGUGGAUGACGGCGUUUGUGACUGUUGCGAUUGUUCUGACGAGAGUACUGACAAGCCCUUUUCAGAUUACAGCUGUCUCCAGCUGCGUGAUCAGUACGAUGCGCUGGUAAUUCAUGAAAACAGUCGGCAUGAACGUGGUGCGCACGCACUGCGGGACAUGGAAAGAAAGUUUGGAGCAGAUAUUCUUGAAGACACAGCUGAUGAUUCGGAAACGACUCUCAAGCAGCUCAAAGCUGAUUAUGAAGUGCAUGCUGAUCAAUACAAGGCCUGUGUGACGAACUUGGCCUCCACGAAGGAGCUUUACGAACAGAAGCUGCAACGGGAGAACCCGUUAAUGCUGCGCAUGGAGCAGAUUGACAUUCCGGGCAUCUCAUAUUCCAUCUCCAACAUCUUCACCCAAGCGGAAUCAUACUCAGAAACCUACCACGAGCUGAUAGACAUCAUGAACGCUCUCGAAGAAACCUAUAACAAAAAUCUAAAUGACGACGUUGUAAAUCGAAAUGUCCAAAAUUUCAAUGAGUUUAUGCAAAAUAACAAAGCGGAGGGAACAGUAAGUGCUAGCUUCGAUAGAACUCAGCGCGAUCAAAUCGAAGAGUACCUCACCGAAGAACUUCCCAGCAUGAUUCUAAAAGGCACCACGCACCUACCUCCUGCAGCGAUAGAAGGAAAAUUCUCAAUGGCUAAGGCCUUAGUAAAGGUCAAAAUUAACUAUUGCGAAAAAAUGCAUAACACCCUUAAGAGCUUGUCAGAUAUCAUGAACGAUGUGUCCGCAAACUACAAUGUUAACUUUCAAGACUCUGGAGUUAAAAAUGCUGUCAUAAGCUACAGAAAUUUCAUUGCUAAGAACUCCAAAGCGUUUGAGCCUUUUAAAGUUUCUUAUGGAGUACUUAAGCGGUUGGAGGAGGUUGGUGGCUUGGUAAAAGCUGCUUCUUCGGAGUUGCUCACGCCAGCAUGGAAGGAAAAAACCUCUUUCAUGUCCGUAUUCAGAAAUUUGGCUUCCAAUUUGGAGAGUGCUUUCGGAAAUAAAGAGCAGGGUUUGGAGGCCCUGAAAUCAAAGGUUGUGAUUCUGCAAGAGAAAUGUGCGGCGCUGAGAAAAGACUACAGAUCAAAAGCUCAACAAUUGGAACAGUUGAGGAAGGAAACUCCACAGGACAAAGUCAACAACGGCGAAAAUGCGAAAAAUCGGAGAUUGAAAACACUUCUAACCAAAAUCCCUCUCAUUUGCAUCGAACAGAAAAUCGACAGUUACAUCUACCAAAUUUGCUUCAACAGCGAAGAUGGGGUGAUAGUUCAAAGAGAGGACAAGCCUGGCGGUAAAGAAGUUCUAAUUGGCCGAUUUGACACUUUCGGUGUCGACCCAAGGGCCGCUUCUGACCGCUACACUGACGAACUGAGAAUAGACUACUCAGAAUCGGACCUCAUUGCUCAUUUGGAGAAUGAUCUCACGGACUACGAGGUCGAAUUGUUAAUUGGCAACUUGCCACAAAUCAACAGUGGACUAUAUCUGCAGUACUCUCGGGGUGACAUGUGCUGGAACGGUCCUGCCCGAUCAGCACAGGUAUUUUUUAAAUGCGACGAUCGUUUCAAAAUCAACGGUGUACAAGAAACCACGAGAUGCCGAUAUGCUUUUGAUGUUAGCGGGCCAUUGGGAUGUAGCACUGAAUACACCUUCACAGCCCCAGCGUGGUCUCAAGACAGAUAA